AUGGCGUAUCUACGCUACUCGGAGGCGAAAGACGGCUGUGAGAGGGCCUGCUUUCGAGUCAGAUAUCUCUAUUGUGCCCUAACGAUGGGAAAUCAGGGUACAAAGAGCGCAAAGCGAGUACGGACAAGUCGAAGUCAGCCGCUAGCACAACAACAUGGGCUAACAAUAGAUCAACCGAUUGUGAAGCGGUCAAUCACUUCAGCCUAUGAUCCGGAUCAUUUGGGUGUGGACAGUUGUGGGAUCUCACAUUGUGAGUCGUUCUCCUCGGCCUCCGAUCAACAGUUCACGUUAACACCACAAACGAGCACAUUGUUGAGUGAUCCGAAUGAUGACAUGAAAGAGAACUCGGCUGCUGGGAGUCAACGAUCGAGAGCGAGCAGUAUGGCUGAAGUGCACACGCCGAGAAGCGAAUUAUCCGUUUGUCGAUCUCAGUCAAACGGUAUUCUCCUCGAGUCGGACGCUCGUUUAUCUCCAUCGCCAAAGUUAGAGAAAAGAGAGCUUUCCAAGAACGGUUCUCCGAAAUCGCCAAGACCAAGCCCACCAAGAAGUGUGAGGAGUCAGCUAGAGAAACAAGCGACUUUCCCAAUCAACGGUGCCUCAAUUCUUCGGUGUCCGAUGGCAACGGCGACGAUCGUUCAACCACCAUCACCUGUAGCUGAAUUAAAAAGACCUGUUAACAAUGGCCCACCAGUCACCCAGCUUUGUCUCACACAAGCACAAAUUGUUCUCGUCCGAAAAACUUGGCAAGCCGCCAGAGGACAAGGAGCACUUGAGCCAGCGAUAAGCAUUUUUAGAAAUUCUUUCUUCAAGAAUCCCGAGAUUCGACAGAUUUUAAUGCAUGGCACGAAAAAUGCUGGACAUGAAAGACUGAAGAAACACUCGCAAAUGUUCACACAAAUCAUGGAUAGUUUGAUCGCGAAUCUCGACAAUCCAAAUUCGGAUGUGCACGAGUUGAGAGAAGCGGGCAGAAUGCACGUCUUUCCCACAAAAGAACAAUAUGGAUGUCCCUUCCGAGCCGCUUCACUUGACCAAUUCGCUCAAGCGAUGCUCGAAAGAACACUCGAGUGGGGCGAGAAAAAGGAUAGAACUGAGGUUACCCAGCGAGCUUGGACAAAAAUCGUUUUUUUCGUUGUUGAACAGAUGAAAGAGGGUUUCCACGAGGAAGUGAAAUGGCAACGAAGAACUCGACCGAGGAAUAUGGGAUUUCAAUCGACACAACACAGCUCAUUGAGUGAAAUGCCCUCGGCGGCGUUGACUCGUGUCACCGCCGAAAUGAAACGAUUCAACACCGUUGACACUCUA